AUGGCGACCUCUCUUCUUCCCAGACCUUUCAUCUCCCUCCGUACAAGUAAAAGCUAUCACCUUCCUUCGAGGAUCUUCUCCCUCAGGUUAUCUUGCUCUUCUUCUUCUGAUGGGUCCACCGGAAACCAGCAAAUUUCUUCUUCGAGUCCCGAGAAGAGAUCGUUCGCUGUUGCCACCGGCGAUAUGUUUAUAGGAAUCGCGUCGCGGCUUUUGAAGUUCUCCAACCAACGGACGUCUCCUUCGCCUCCGAUUGAUGACGGAGAUAGAAUAGGAACAGUAAUCGAGGAUGAGAUUGAUCCAGCGAUGAUCUGGGAACAGAGGGUUAAAGAUGUAGAGGCUGAGAAAGAGAGGAGGGUCAUCACAAGCCCUGGGUUUAGCUUCUCUGCUGCUGGUCUUUUGUUUCCUUAUCAUCUCGGUGUUGCUCAGCUUCUCAUCGAGAAGGGUUACAUCAAGGAGACCACUCCUUUGGCAGGAGCUUCUGCUGGUGCUAUAGUCUGUGCUGUGAUAACCUCAGGAUCAUCUAUGCGGGAAGCCCUUGAAGCUACCAAGGUUCUUGCUGAUGAUUGUCGACGCAAUGGCACUGCUUUUCGUCUUGGGGCUGUUCUCAGAGAUUCUAUGGAGAAGUUACUCCCAGAUGAUAUUCAUAUCAGGUCCAAUGGCAGAGUUCGUGUUGCCAUCACACAGGUUUUAUGGAGACCGAGAGGUUUACUUGUGGAUCAGUUCGACUCCAAAAGCGACCUGAUCAAUGCAGUUUUUACAUCUGCCUUCAUCCCAGGAUAUCUUGCACCAAGGCCUGCAACGAUGUUCCGUAAUCGACUUUGCGUUGAUGGAGGCUUGACGUUGUUUAUGCCACCAACAGCUGCUGCUAAAACAGUUCGAGUUUGUGCUUUUUCCGCGAGUAGCUUCAAACUAAAGGGUAUUGGUAUCUGUCCCGAUUGCAACCCUCUAAACAGAGCAACAUCCAGACAACUACUGAAUUGGGCACUGGAGCCAGCAGAGGACGAGGUGUUGGAGAUGUUGUUUGAUCUGGGAUACGCAGACGCAGCUACGUGGGCUGAGUUGAAUCCAGUCGAGGAACUGGUCUAUGACGAUACUCCUUCAUCUCAAGAGGUUCAAGCUAGUUAG